CCCCAAACAACUCACUCAACUCCACCACUCAAGUCAAUCGACUUUUCAAAUCCACAUCACUCGAAAUGGCACCCAAGGCAGCUCAGAAGACUCCCACCACUGGCGGCAAGGCCCCUGCCGCUGGCAAGGCUCCCGCUGAGAAGAAGGAGGCUGGCAAGAAGACCGCCGCCCCCUCCGGUGACAAGAAGAAGCGCACCAAGACCAGAAAGGAGACCUACUCCUCCUACAUCUACAAGGUCCUCAAGCAGGUCCACCCCGACACUGGUAUCUCCAACCGUGCCAUGUCCAUCCUGAACUCCUUCGUCAACGACAUCUUCGAGCGUGUCGCUACCGAGGCUUCCAAGCUUGCUGCCUACAACAAGAAGUCCACCAUCUCUUCGCGUGAGAUCCAGACCUCUGUCCGUCUCAUUCUCCCCGGUGAACUUGCCAAGCACGCCGUCUCAGAAGGCACCAAGGCCGUCACCAAGUACUCCUCUUCCACCAAGUAGAGAGUUGCUUUUGACAUGAUGGCUUCCUUUUCUCUGUGAUACCACCACCUCAAGUUUUCCAGCAUAUGAUUUGCUUUGAAGACUGGGCUUUGGGCAACGGGGUGGUUUCCAAUUGGGACGGUGUUUAGCGGGGUUCUUACUUCUUCUUUCUGAUAAUGCGGUCAUGGGAAUGGGGUAUAAGUUUAUUGCGCAGUGUGUUUUUUCUAUUUUCAUUUUCAGAC